CGUUGAAUGUGCAGUUGACAUUGCCGUCGCUCGUUAGUAAUUGCUACUCCUCUGAGGUUUCUGCAUUUACAAUUCAUCGUUCACCAUGGUGGCGUUUCCGACAGUCUCAAAGCAAUACGAGCGCCUUCGCCAUAGCGGCGAUAGUCAAGAAGCGCUUCUGGAGAAAGAUGGCGAGCCACAACGGACGAGCAGAUGGAGCAAAGAACGAAUCAUUAUCGCAGUUGAGACCACUGUGAUAGCGAUAUUAUUGGCUGUGGUGGCGGUACAGAGUGUUCGAAUCGGACGAGGACAAAUAUGGAAGCGUGGCUUUUCCACAGACUAUGGCAAUAUCGGAGACAUCAUACCCUUUAAGAAGCAAGUUUUUAUCAAUCCUUUGCGACCCACAGAAGACUAUUCGGCUCUCAAGAUGGAGUGGAAAGAGGGUGAACCACAUUACACGGGCGAGCCAGGUCCGGAGAUGGAUGAAGCCUGGGAUAAAUUGUUGUCAAUGACCACCUUCAACAUCACCGGUGAGGCGGCAAAGCCAGCGAUCGGUAAAACGUACUCGUAUGAAGAAGGAACAUACGCCAUGGGUUUUGAGGUCUUCCAUGCCCUGCAUUGCAUUAACAACAUCCGAAUGAUGAUGUAUCCGGACAAUUACAUCUUGAGGGAGCCUCCGGAGGAGACUGAGAUGCAUAAAGCUCACUGCCUCGAUUAUCUGCGACAAUAUGUCCAGUGCAACGCGGACUUGACACCAUUCUGGGGCGACUGGGUUCCAAAGUAUCGGCUGGUACUCCGGCCGUAUACACCUCACACUUGUCGAGACUUUAGCCAACUUCAGAAUUGGAUCACCGAGAACUCUGCAAGCACAGAGGCGCUCUCGUCGUAG